UACAGGACAAUAAUUACGAUUCUGCCAUCGUAUUCUCCGAUUCGAUCUCAUCCGUUUCCCCGCCUCCGAUGCUUUUUAAUUUCUUUUAAGCGAAUACACGCAAUCCACGGAAAACUCUACCUGCAGAAUCAAUGGCGAUUACACCGCUGCUUCUGGUGUAUUUCUCGGCGUUGCUCUGUACGGAGGCGAAGUACAUUGCUUACAAUACGUCGCAGUGGAUCGUUCCCGGGAAGAUCAACGUCCAUCUUGUCGCGCACACGCACGAUGACGUGGGAUGGCUGAAAACCGUCGAUCAGUACUUCGUCGGAUCGAACAAUUCUAUCCAGGGAGCAUCAGUGGAAAAUGUGUUGGAUUCUGUUGUUUCUGCAUUACUGGCAGAUAAGAAUCGAAAAUUCAUCUAUGUGGAACAGGCAUUUUUCCAGCGAUGGUGGAGAAAGCAAAGCGAUGCAGUCCAGAACAUAGUGAAGAAGCUCGUAGAUUCGGGACAAUUCGAAUUCAUCAAUGGCGGUAUGUGCAUGCAUGAUGAGGCGGCACCUCAUUACAUUGACAUGAUCGAUCAAACUACUCUUGGGCACCGAUUCAUCAAGCAGGAGUUUGGUAAGACUCCGAGAAUUGGUUGGCAGAUUGAUCCCUUUGGACAUUCUGCAGCUCAAGCUUACUUGUUGGGGGCAGAGGUCGGAUUCGAUUCUCUUUACUUUGGUCGGAUUGAUUACCAAGACAGAGUAAAGCGUAAAGACGAGAAGAGUCUUGAGGUUGUAUGGCGUGGAUCAAAAACCUUUGGCUCGUCAGCACAGAUUUUCACUAGUAUAUUCCCUGAGGGUUACGGUCCUCCUGAUGGUUUCUCUUUUGAAGUUAAUGACGACUCCCAAAUUGUGCAGGAUAACAAUCUUCUGUUUGAUUACAAUGUCCAAGAGCGAGUGAACGAUUUUGUGGCAGCAGCAUUAUCACAGGCUAACAUAACUCGCACGAAUCAUGUCAUGUGGACUAUGGGGACUGAUUUUAUGUAUCAAUAUGCUAACUCAUGGUUCAGGCAGAUGGACAAGCUCAUUCAUUAUGUUAACCUGGACGGGCGCGUUAAUGCCUUGUAUUCAACCCCAUCCAUUUACACCGAUGCAAAGUAUGCAACAAAUGAGUCCUGGCCAUUGAAGACUGAUGACUUCUUCCCAUAUGCAGAUAAUCCAAAUGCGUAUUGGACGGGAUACUUCACGAGUAGGGCAGCCAUUAAAGGCUAUGUUAGAAUGAUGAGUGCUUACUGUUUGGUGGCAAGGCAAUUGGAGUUUCUCAAAUGGACAAAUAGUUCAGGGCCCAAAACAGACACUUUGGCUGAUGCUUUGGCAAUUGCUCAACAUCACGAUGCAGUUAGCGGAACAGAAAAGCAGCACGUAGCUGAUGAUUAUGCAAAGAGGCUGUCUAUAGGUUAUGCAGAGGCAGCGGAGUUGGUGGAAUCUACACUUGCUUGCUUGACAGAGAAGACACCAAAUAUUGGAUGUGACAAACCAUUGACUAAAUUUGAACAGUGUCCACUUUUGAAUAUAAGUUACUGUCCUCCGUCGGAAGUAGAUUUAUCUCAUGGGAAAAGCUUGGUUGUCAUUGUCUACAAUUCCCUUGGUUGGAAUCGAGAGGAUAUAGUUCGAAUACCUGUAAUCAGUGAGUCUGUUAUUGUUCGGGAUUCCAUAGGAAGACAAGUUGAAUCACAACUUCUGCCUCUAGCCAAUGCUUCAGUGGGCAUAAGAAACUUCUACGUUAAGGCGCACUUGGGUGCAUCUCCGAGUGCUACGCCAAAAUAUUGGCUUGCAUUUCCAGCAACUGUACCACCUCUUGGUUUCAGCACUUACAUAAUCUCAACUGCAGAAGGGGCAGGCUCUAGUUCGACAGUAUCAAAAACGCAUACAACACAAGGGAGUGAAAAUGGCACCAUAGAAGUUGGGCAAGGAAAUCUACAGCUUACGUAUGCUGUAGAUGGCGGCAAACUUACUCAUUACUUAAACAAAAGAAGUUUGGUUAACACAUUUCUAGAACAAUCAUUCAGUUUUUACCCUGGAGAUGAUGGAAGUGGUAGUGAUUCUCAGGCUUCUGGAGCAUAUAUCUUCCGUCCAAAUGGUACAUUUCCCAUAAAUCCUGGAGUACAGGUGCCAUUGACUGUUUUAAGUGGACCUAUAUUGGAUGAAGUACAUCAGAGAAUCAGUCCAUGGAUAUAUCAGAUAACCCGCGUAUACAAGGGAAAGGAGCAUGCUGAAUUCGAGUUCACUGUUGGGCCUAUACCCAUUGAUGAUGGAAUUGGAAAAGAAAUCAUCACCCAAAUUACAACAACGAUGAUGACAAAUAAAACGUUCUACACAGAUUCUAAUGGACGCGAUUUUAUUAAAAGAAUUCGGGAUUAUAGAUCAGACUGGGACCUGCAAGUGAACCAACCCGUUGCCGGAAAUUACUAUCCAAUUAACCUUGGAGUUUACGUGGAAGACAACCAGACAGAGUUCUCCGUACUGGUAGACCGUUCGGUGGGGGGAUCCAGCAUAUUGGAUGGUCAAAUAGAGCUGAUGUUACAUAGAAGACUGCUUCAUGAUGAUUCUAGAGGUGUAGGAGAACCACUGAAUGAAACGGUUUGUGUUGUUGAUGAAUGCGAAGGACUAACGGUUCAAGGAAAAUUCUAUCUUAGAAUUGACCCUCUGGGUGAGGGUGCAAAAUGGCGCCGGACAGUUGGCCAAGAGAUAUAUUCUCCACUUCUUCUAGCAUUCACACAACAGGAUGGAGAUAACUGGACGAGUUCUCAUGUAACAAAUUUCUCAGCAAUGGAGCCCUCCUACAGCUUACCCGAUAAUGUUGCAAUGCUCACCCUCCAGGAGCUUGAAAAUGGAAGCACUCUUCUUCGAUUGGCACACCUAUACGAGAUGGGAGAGGACAAAGAUCUUUCAGUUAUGACGUACGUGGAUUUACAAAAGCUGUUCCCAGGCAAGAAGAUCAUCAAAGUAACAGAGAUGAACUUAUCUGCUAAUCAAGAAAGGUCAGAAAUGGAAAGAAAGAGACUAGUAUGGAAAGUGGAAGAACCACACAAGGAAGAAACCAAUAUGAGAGGUGGGCCAGUCGAUCCAUCUAAGCUGGUGGUGGAGCUGGGUCCCAUGGAAAUCCGUACUUUCGUUAUAAUUUUCGACCGCAAUUCGUUUGUCAAGACAGUCAAUCGCUGAAAGCCACUAUCAUAAGCAACCAGAGCAGUGUUUUGAUGAGGUAAUCAGAACAAAUUUUUAGGAAUAAGAAGUGAAUCUUAGGAGUCGUUUGGCACCUUGGAUUUGGAGGUAAAGGGAGUGUGUUUCAAUUCCAGGUAGCUAAUUUUUGUGUUUGGAAGCCUGUGGAAUAGGAGGUAUUUCAAAUAAAUUGAUGCAUUUUGAAAUAUGCUAGGAUUCCAGAGUAAUCUGAAAUGCUUUUUGGCUCCUUUUGAAAGGCAAAAGAGUCUCACUUGUAAUAAAAGUGUAGCUUGCAUGCUGCUUCAAAACAAUUUAAUUGUCAGCUGCAUCACUAAAAUCUUCGUGAUCUUUAUGUUUGUGGCUCAUCCAAGGCCUAAAAUUAUCACAUUUUUAGCCCAAGAA